CGCCAACAGUUAUGCUGUUACAUAUCUAAAAAUGUAGUUGUAUCUUGUAUCAUACUAUGGUCUGUGCUAUGCAUACCUAACAAUUAUGCUGUGCCGUGACGUAUGUGUAUUCGUAUUGUAUUUUUGCUUAAAACUCAAAUCUAAAAUUUGAUCAAUGAAAACAAGUGCUGAAUCUUUUAGUAUUAUACUGUGGCUGGACCAUUAUUUUUUUGUCAUACGUGAAAUAAAUGAACGUUAAAAAUAUAGUUCAUGAGAUGUGAAAAUGUUUAGAGACGAGUCUUUGGAAGAUCGUCAGAGAAAUGAAUUGGAAGCUUUACAGGCAAUUUAUGAAGAUUUGAAGGAUCUCCGUACAAAAUCUGCUUGGAAUCAAUGGACACCCCUGAAUGUUUCUAUUACUUUAACUCCCCAUCAGGGCAGUUCUGGUACCCAAGAAUUUUAUGUUAGAGUUGAUUUACACAUAAUUUGCAAUCAUCUGUAUCCCAAUAGUGUUCCAAAAAUUUCUCUUGAAAAUCCUAAAGGGUUAUCAAAUACGUUAUUGAGUGAACUACAAGAAAAGCUAGAAAAAAGGGCAAAUAAGUUGAAAGGCGAAGAAAUGAUAUUUUUGCUCUCUCAGGAUGUACAAGAGUUUUUACACAAACACAAUAAACCAGCUUCAAAGAGUUUUUAUGAUGAGAUGCUUAAGCUACAAAAAGAACGAGAAGAAAAAGAGAGGCUCGCAAAAGAAAUGGAACAGAAUCAACAGAGACAACAUUAUAUGGAGACCCAAAAACGUCUCAAAGAAAUGCAGGAAUCAGAGUUGAGAAUCGAAAGGGAAAGUAGGCGUAUUUCUGAAAAUGAAGACGAUUGUGAUAGUAUUAAAAGGUAUUUAUACAACUAAAGAAAAUCAGUGACU